AUGUCUACUGGAACCAUUUCCUCAAAACGACGAUCCCGGAUACGUUUUCGAUAUUGUUGCGAUGAUAUCAAAAAACGUGUAGAGGAAGAAGAAAACAAUAACGAGGAUCAAUUACGCAAAAGAGUAUUACCUAACAGAAGUGCAAGAUCCAACAAAGCAAGCCAAGGAGCAACAAUAGGCGAUGACAUUGAACCCAGCUACAAUAAGAUCGACACAAGCACAAAGCGUAAGGCACAGAAUAGGGCAGCACAACGAGCCUUUCGAGAACGACGUGAACAACUUGUUGGUGGAUUGCAAGAACGUAUACAGCAGCUUGAAGAACAACGAAGGCUGAAUGCUAAGGAUGAAAGCUCGCUCGUCAAAGAGAAUGCAUCUCUAAUGGAAGAACUUGAACGACUCAAAAAAGAAAACACGUCACUCAAACGAAUCCGAUUACAGCAAGCAAACGAUAAUGACGAUGAUCAUACUCGCUGCGAUAAGAAAUCAUGCCCAACCGGCAAAUGCAAUCGAAAAAGGAUAUGCAGCAAAAAGAGCCCACGAGAACCUGCACCGCCACCACCUGUACCUAUUUCCUUUUCAUCAUCACAUGAUCCAUCGUCAAACAACAUCCCAACCAUCUCCCUUUUCGAUGACCUAUUUAAUACCUUGGAUUUGCAUCAUAAUAAUAACAGCACCACGCAUCAGCAUCAGCAUCAUCAAGGAAAAGAUGGAGAAUUCAUUGAUCCUAUCUUGAUAUGCGAAUCUCCCAAUCAAUCAUGCAGCACAUCCACCUAUGAAAACGACAAUGCCAACGCACAACAACCACAACCACACACGAUCCUGGACCAAUGGCUCGCCGACAUUAGCUCAACCGUCAACAACCCAACGCUUCCUGAUACCACCCAACAUCCGCCCACCAACACAAACGGACGAUCAUCAUACAAUGCACCGCAAUGUGACGAGAACUUUUGUGACGAAUUCAGGGCAUUAGCUUUGCUCAGUGACAUAACGCAGGAUGAGUUGGAAGCGUUUCAAGCGAGGUCUAAGGCUGACAGCUACCAUGGUGAUCAGUAA